AUGACGUUGAAUGGUAGAAUGUCUUAUAUGAAUUCGAUUGAUAUUAAAACAAAGUCUCAUUUGUGUAAUGAAUCAGAGAUAUAUGAAGAUCCAGAUGAACAUCAUGCUCCAUACAAACUUAUGUUUCUCUUUUUCAUCCUGUUUAUUGGUUGUCUUUUCAAAACAAUAUUUGUUUCUUUACGUGUUCCAUAUGCUGGUCUCAUUAUAUUAAUUGGUUUUAUAGGCGGUAUUCUCUUCAAUAUUUUUACUAAAGAUGAUACAUUUCUUACUAUAACAACAUCAUCACCUGAUCUAGUUGUUGGCAUUUUUCUACCUGCAUUAGUUUUCGAAUCAGCAUAUCGUAUUGAAUAUCAUGCAUUCAUGAAAUCACUCUAUUCCAUUCUACUUUUCUCAAUUGUUGGUUACUUUAUAUCAUUAUUUAGUAUUUCUACAUUGAAUAAAUGUCUAUUUCUUUUUCAACAAUGGACUUUUCUUCAAUGUUUAAUAUUGGGUAUUAUUCUAAGUGCUACUAGACCUAUAACACUUAUGCGUCAAGCAGACUAUGGGAAAACAAAACGAUUGAGUAUUAUACUCGAAGGCGAAGCAAUAAUCAAUAACAGUCUAGCAAUUAUCUUAUUUAAUGCUAUCAAAAGUUUUGUUGUUGAUGAUCAAUUGUGGCAUACAUUCAAAUUUUUUAAAACAGCAGUUGUAGCUUUAGUAGGCGGUAUUGGUUUUGGUGGCAUAGCUGGCAUAUUGGAAAUUAUCUGUUUACCUCAUUUUUAUGAUGAUCCCAUUAGUGAAGUUACCAUAACUACUGCUAUCCCUUAUAUGCUCUAUUGGUUAUGUGAACAAUUAUAUUCUUCUGGUAUUAUUGCCAUUGUUGUUCUUGGUCUUAUAUUAUCAAAUCAUAAAACUGCACUUAGUUCGGAAGCAGCUAUUUUUAUGGAAAAAUUUGUCAUGAUAAUCAUAUUAACACUAUGUAUUAAUUUAUUUCGUAACUGUCAUUUAUCAUGGAAAGAAUGUUUCCUAGCUACUUGGGGUGAUUUUAAAGGAUCAAUAUGUUUAAUUCUUUGUCUUGCACUUAAAGGUGAAUUUCAACUUGCUAAUAAACAAUUAAUUCAUCAUGCUUCAUCAAAGUUUAAAUAUCAAAUUUUGAUAUAUACAACUAUUAUUGUCUUUCUUUCCAGUUGUAUGAAUUCUACUUAUUCACUUUUACUCAAAAUAUUAAAUUUUACAAAAAUGUCUGAAACAAAAUAUCUUUAUAUGGCACAAUGCGUAGAUUCAUUACGUACUCUUGUCAAAGAAAAAAUUUGUUUAUUAAAAAAGAAUAAAUAUUUAGCUAAUGCUGAUUGGAUUUUCAUUGAAGAAAAUUUUCACAUUGAAAAUCCUCAUACUAUGAAAAUGAUCAAUAAUGACAGUAGAGAUAUCAAUUUAAUUGAUCAUAAUAUAAAAUGUUCUAUUUGUCAUCGACCAAUAUCAAUGGAAUUUAAUCAAAUACAAUAUGAUGAUGUAUUUGAAGAAGCUAGAAUUCGUAUUAUUAAUAUUCAAAAAACAAGCUUCUGGAGACAAUAUCGAGAUUAUGAAAUUUCAACACAAGCUGUUCGUAUUUUAUCAUCUCUUUGUGAUUUUGCAAUCGAUAGCGAAGGUCAAUAUAUUAGUAUUGAUCAACUCAAAUAUUAUUAUAAACCACGAACUAUUGAUUUUAUAUGGAAAUAUUUGAUUUAUACAUUUGGUAUUCAAAUCUAUUUUCGAACAUGGAUUGAUUAUCGAAUUGAAUUUAUUCUGUUGAUAUUAGUAGUAGUUGAAUGUAUUUUUGAAUAUUAUUAUCGUAUCUCUACUAAGUUUAUUUCUCAUCAAACUUGGUCUAUUAUGCAAAUUUUGGUUAUUAUUCAAAUAAUUCGUCUUAUUCGAACAAUAGAAUAUAUCAUAGCUAAUUUAAAUAUUCUUCUUGAACGUAUAGCUAAUCGUUAUGUAACACUCUCACUUGAAUUAUGUAAAGCAUAUAUAUUAAGUGAAGAUGAUGUACUUUCAAAAUUACAUCGUGUUAUUGAAAUUGAUCAAAUUCGAGAACAUUUUCAUAAAGAUUCAAUAAGACGACGAGAUGAAAUUAUUAAUGAAUUAACUUUUAUUCAAAGUGAACAUCCAAAUGUAUCAGCAAGUGUGAAAACGCGUGCAGCUAUACAAAAAUUACUUAAUUAUUCAAAAAAUAUAGUUAUUGUUUAA